UUCUAAUUAAGCUAUAAAAUGAGUGCUGAAACAGACACUGUUUCAUUCAGCUCCUGAUCAAAGAUGGAUCUGCAAAUCUCAGUUUUUCUUCUGUUCGUUUUCUUCACUGCAGGACACUCUUUCAGCUGUUAUGAGUGCAGUAGUGUGACGGGUUCUUGUACGGGUCAAACGGUAAAAACAUGUCCCAGUGGAUUCUCCAAGUGCAUGAGUACAACAACAGUGACACAAUUUGGUGGCAUUAACCAGAAGUUAAAAGAUUGUGCUCCUGACUGUGCAAAUGGAUCCAUGAACCUCGGGAUUGUGGGGACGUCUGCAGUGUGCUGUAACACAGACCUGUGUAACGUCCAAGACGCUCCAGAUCCCAGCACAAAUUCCCCCAAUGGAAUGAAAUGUUACUCUUGUGAUGAGGAGAGCUGCUCAAACACAGUGAGUUGUUCAGGGAGUGAAGACCGCUGCAUUACAGCAACAGAGAGUAUCGAAGGCCAGUCAGUGGUUGUGAAAGGCUGUGUCUCUAAAUCUUUGUGUGAUACCAGAACAUCGGUUAGAAAUGUUCUGAGCAUCUCAUGUUGUGAGGGGAACCUGUGUAACAGUGCUCAGAGCGUCACUCAGAGCUUCCUGUUCCUCUGCUGUUCUCUGCUCUCCUUCAUCCUGCUGCACUGAAUCCAGCAGAUCUUCUACAAUGAGACACACUUUACUGAAUAUAAAUUUUCUAUGUCAUAUGCAUUUUUUAUUUGAUUUGAUUUGAUUUGAAUUUUCUUGUGACAUUUAUGAAAUUAAAUAUUAAAUCAGCUUUUCCUGGGGUCAUAUUUAAUAAAGCCUUUAAUACUGCAAAGACAACCAAACGA